CCCAAACAAAAAAGUACCCCUCAACCCCAACCACCAAAAAAAACCUCUCACCACCCAACACUCCCCCGUCUUCCAAAAUGUCCAAAUACGGCGUCCUAGUAAUGGGCCCAGCCGGCGCCGGAAAAGUACCACUUCCCCCCCUCACUCUCAACCCAUCAAACCUAACCACCCCCCAGUCCACCUUCUGCACCGCCCUAAUCACGCAUCUAAACCACAACCGCCGCUCCUGCUUCUACAUCAACCUCGACCCCGCCGCCGAAUCCUUCACGCACGAACCCGACCUCGACAUCAAAGACCUAAUCUCGCUCGAAGACGUCAUGGAGGAGAUGGGGCUGGGUCCGAACGGAGGUCUGAUCUACUGCUUCGAAUUCCUACUCGAGAAUCUCGAGUUCCUGACCGAGGCUAUUGAGCCGCUGACGGAGGAAUACCUGAUUAUCAUUGAUAUGCCGGGACAGAUAGAGCUGUAUACGCAUAUCCCCAUCCUGCCGGCGCUGGUGAAGCAUAUCACGAAGACGGGGGCGUUGGAUGUGCAGCUUUGCGCGGCGUAUCUGCUCGAGGCGACGUUCGUGGUGGAUCGGGCGAAGUUUUUUAGCGGGACGUUGAGCGCGAUGAGUGCGAUGAUUAUGCUGGAGAUUCCGCAUGUGAAUAUACUCAGCAAGAUGGAUUUGGUCAAGGGACAGGUUUCGAAGCGGGAAUUGAAGAGGUUUUUGGAUCCGGAUACGACGUUGUUGGAUGAGGGUGUGAAUGCGGGGGUUGAUGAUGGGCAGGGAGAGGUUGCUGAUACGGAUGCGUUGAUGGGGGGCAAGAGUUUUCAGAGGUUGAAUAAGGCGGUUGCGGGACUGAUUGACAGUUUUAGUAUGGUUUCUUAUUUGAGACUCGAUGUGCAGGAUGAGGAUAGUGUGGGGGCUAUUCUGAGUUAUGUUGAUGAUGCUAUUCAGUAUCAUGAGGCGCAGGAGCCCAAGGAACCUAAUGAUACUGCUGAAUUGGAGAUGGAGGAUGGUGAUUGAGUAGUGACCUCUGGUUUGUUUACUUGGGCUCAAUCUGGUAUACCUGGGCUCAAUCCAGUUUAGAUUUGGGUCUGAUCUUUUUCAGGAGUUUGGUACUGGAAAUAUGGGGUAAAAGGUGCAUAGCGUUGGCGU